AUGGCCAAGCAUGGCGCGUCGGGCAGCUAUCGUCCACGCAAAUCUCGCAGUCCAACGCCCAUGCCCGGCGAUUAUUCUCCCCGGUCUUCCGAGGACCAUUCUCCCAACGGGAGCGACGAGGGCGAUCCCCGAUGCCCUCUUUCCAGAGACAUCUUAAAGAAACAUAUUCCAAAGGGUUUCGAGAGACCUCCUACGCUCCCCGCGUAUGAUGGUUUGACCGACCCCGACGAUCACAUAGCCAAUGUCAACGCGAACCUGGAUUUCAGGAACAUUAGCGGUGCCAUUAGGUGCAGACUGUUCCCAACCACGCUGAGGAAGGGAGCAAUGGCAUGGUACCAAAGCCUGCCCCCUCAAUCCAUCCAUUCAUGGAGGGAUCUUACUGAACAGUUUUCCAGACACUUCACUGCUUCCCGCAAGCAUCCAAAGACUGUGCACGCCUUGGAGGCCAUAUACCAAGCCGAGGAAGAAACUCUCCGCAAUUUCGUCGAGAGGUUCAAUAAAGAGGCCGUGCAGGUCGAGACGACCGACGACAUGAAGAAAUACUUGCUGCAGAGGGGCCUUCGCCCGGGCAGCGAUUUUGCUAAAGCUGUGGGCAUAGAAAAACCACCCACCUGGGACGACCUCCUCCUAAAAGCUCAAAAGUACAUCGACUACGAGGAGGUCCAGGCAGCUGAUGUCGCUCGCCUUGCCCGACCUGGGAGCAGCCACCCUGCCCGCGAGUCCACCCACAGGAACGAUGACAGGGGAAGCGACCGGGGACAUGAUAGAGGCGGCGAUCGGGGCGGCGAGAGGGGCAGAGACAGAAGGAGGGGCGACAGGCGUGAAUCUCGUGGCCCUCCAAGCACAUUCGCCACAUACACCCCCCUCGUCAAGUCACGGGGAGAAAUCUUUGCUGAAGUUCACAUCUCUGAGUUUAACAGAGCGAAUGUAAAACAGCCUAAGCCGACUCCCCUGAAGCCCGGCCAAGACAAGAAUAGGUAUUGCAGAUACCACAAGAGUUAUGGUCACAGGACCGACGAUUGCAUCCAACUGAAGGAUGCUAUCGAAAUAUUAAUAAGAAACGGACAGUUACGAGAGUUCGUGAAAAGAAACAAUGACCCUCGACCAGAGGCCGCGGAGACUCGCGCCGUCGAAGAGGUAGUUCCCCCACCAGUCGGGCAGAGUGGCACCAAGCAGAUUGCCAUGAGCGUCUCCCGGCCAGAAGACUUUGCUAUCCCCAGCGGUUUUGGGGACACCCAUACUAGUCCUACGCUUACCACGGGGGACUACUUCACAGACUCACUCGUCAUAUCCGGCGGUCACAUGGACAAGCACACCGUCGGAUCAAUAAAAAGAAAAUUCGAGGAUCUCAUAAAUACGUCCUCGAAUAUGAACGCCACGCUGGACAAGCUGGACGAGACACAUCUCACCCCGUACUUGGGCUCAGAUCUCACAGGAUUCAAUGGAGCAACUACUAGGCCUUGGGGUUAUGUCGACCUGAUCGUCACCUUUGGCUCCGAAGAGACCGCUAAGUCGAUCAGGGUGAAAUUCUUGGUCGUGGACUGCCCUUGCCUCUACCAGUGCAUCAUCGGCAGGACGGCCAUAGCAGACCUGGUUGCUGUCCCCUCCACUGCCCACUUGAAGAUGAAGUAUUAUACUCACAAAGGGCAGGUUGCUACUCUACACGGGGACAUUGAAGCUGCAAGAAGGUGCUUUGACGCAGCCUCCAAAGGCAACAACUUCAUCGGCAAAGCUCCUGAGCCGAAAAAGCAAAAACCCUCCUCGGAAGCGCCAUCAAAGCCUUCCCCGGAAGCACCAUCAAGUCUGCCAGCCCCAAAUCCUCCUCGACAAGCGAGGCAGACAAAUGGACAAUAUUCGUCGACGGGGCGUCAAGCUCCACGGGAGCAGGAGCAGGAAUUAUCCUGGAAAACGAAAAUGGGAUCAUCAUCGAAGUGUCCCUAG